CCCAUUGGGCCUUCGGGACAGCAGAGGAGCAGUGUCCGGCCAUGGCCGGAGCCCGCAGGCUGGAGCUAGGCGAGGCCCUGGCGCUGGGGUCGGGCUGGCGUCAUGCGUGCCACGCUCUCCUCUACGCGCCGGACCCUGGGAUGCUCUUCGGCCGCAUCCCGCUGCGCUACGCCAUACUGAUGCAGAUGCGCUUCGAUGGACGCCUGGGCUUCCCCGGCGGAUUCGUGGACACGCAGGACAGAAGCCUAGAGGACGGGCUGAACCGCGAGCUGCGCGAGGAGCUGGGCGAAGCGGCUGCCGCUUUCCGCGUGGAGCGCACUGACUACCGCAGCUCCCACGUCGGGUCAGGGCCACGCGUUGUGGCCCACUUCUAUGCCAAGCGUCUGACGCUCGAGGAGCUGUUGGCUGUGGAGGCCGGCGCAACACGCGCCAAGGACCACGGGCUGGAGGUGCUGGGCUUGGUGCGAGUGCCCCUGUAUACCCUGCGGGAUGGUGUGGGAGGCCUGCCUACCUUCCUGGAGAAUUCCUUUAUUGGCUGUGCGCGGGAGCAGUUACUUGAAGCUCUCCAGGACUUGGGACUGCUGCAGUCUGGCUCUAUUUCAGGCCUUAAGAUUCCAGCUCAUCACUAGAGGCAGCCCUCCAUGGACCCAUGAAAACUGAGAUGAGGACCUUGGUACUAGGGAGGGAGGGAAGGACGUGGGAAUGUUUUCUUAUUGGAUCUGAGAGAUGAUACAUGAUACCAGAUGAAAAGAAGGAGAAGUGUGUACCAUAUGUUUUGAGCGGAGGACCCUCCAACUUAAGGCAUCAGGGGCAAAAAGUCACAGCUCAUCCCAGGCACCCUGGCAGGUUCUCAGAGCCUGCCUCCUCCCUGUUUAUAUGCAUACAGCCUGGUAACCCCCAGGCAUGCAAAUAUACAAUCUGUAACAACACACAGCCUGACACCUUCCCCUGGUCAUGUCCAGUUUAACCUUGAAGUGGCAUUUGUCACACUACCCUGGUCCCUGAUUGCAAGGAGCUUCUGAAGCAAGGGUGAAUCCUUCCCACACUCCUCCAUGGCUGCCCUCCAGGGUCUAGCCCAGCCUAUUUGUUAGGGAGGAUAGAGAAACAGAGCACCCCCUGUGCUUCCUGAAAAUAGACUUGCUCUUGUCUUGAGUGGUGACCAAAGCAGUUGGCUCUUAAAAGGUGGGAGAGCAGCCCAACCAAUCCCCAAUCCUUUUCUUCUGAAACUGAGCAGGAAGGGUAAGGAAGUGGCUAGGUCUCCUUGGACUGAGCAUGGACAUGAGACCUGUGAGGACUGGUGUCUCUCCUCUAGAGCUUUCAUCUUUGGGAUGCCUGAGACUCCGAGACUAUCAGAAGGGAAUUGACCCACCCCAGUCUAGCACCACCCUGCCUUCACUUCAUCUACAUAAAGGUGGUAUAAAAACAUAGACUGGAGGAGAGAGAAAAAGAAGAGGGCUCAGGACAAGGCCCUGAGGAAGCCCAAUCCUAAAAGUUUGGGCAGAGGGAACCAGGCACGUUAAAGAAGACAGAAAGUGGACUAUGCAGAGUGCUUGUGAGGGUUUCACUAAAACAGAGGCAAAACUGUCCAUUGAAUUCAGUAACAUGAAGUGUUUGAUGACUAUGAUGGCAGCAGUUUCAGGAAGGGCAGUGUGGAAGGCAGGCUGUAUUGGUUGAGUGAAUGGAAAGUUGGGGAGUAGAACGUGUGAGAAGUUGGCCUUCAAGGGGCUCAGGUUAAUAAUAGAGAGCUAUGGAGUCAAGGCAUGUUUAAGAUGGGAGGUAGAGCAUGCCAAUAUUGAUGGCAACAGUCAAGACGGUGUGAUGAGAGAGAUGGGAGGGGCACGAAGAGGAGGACCCCUGAAGGAGCAGAGUCCAUGAGAAAGGAGUAGGGAUGGGACCUUUGUAGGAAGAGACACAGUCCUGCAGCCUCAUAGGGCUCAAUAAAACAGAAAGGGGCAAGUAUAGAAGAUUAGGAUGACUAAAUUAAUGGGGAAAUGAUGAAGGAGUUUGAAUCUCUUCUUUGUGAAAUGAAGUGAGACUAUCAGCUAGAUGUGGGUGGAGUGUGUUCUCAGAAGGUAUGAAGUAGAUGUUUUCCUAGGUGUUGGAAAACAGGUUGAUUAAGGCAACAGCAGAAGGGCAGGGCAAGGCUGAGCUCUGAGAUGGUCAGUUUAGAGUAGGAUGCUGGGCACUCAGGUGUGUGUGUGUUGAGUGGGGAUCUGCACACACCUGUCUUCCCCUCAUUAGGAUUCAGGAGCUGGGAUGGGUACACUUACUGCAGUGUUGGGGUUUUGCCAGGGAAGUAAAAGGAGUUGAGAGAAAGAUGGGUCAGUUCAGAAGACAUACACAGGAGAAAUUGUAGUGAUGAAAUGUGCAGUCUAAGGUUUAAUCUGACCAAGAAAUUGGAAUUGAAAACAGGAGGUGACUAGGGAGGGAUUAGGAAAUUAGAGGUCUUGACAAGAUAGAAACUCCAGCAUGGUGAGGGGUUGGGCAGGGAGGUAUAUCUGAGCCAGACAGGAGUGCUUUGGAAAUUGAGAGGUGGAGCAAUCUCAGGUAAAGGCAAAAUAGAGGGUAUGACCUGGGGUUGCUGGCCAGAGCCAGGGAGGAGCCUUAAGAAGUGAAAUCUAGGGUUGGCGAGGCUGGAGGGCAGGGUGAGCCUCCACAUGGGUGCUGAAGCAAGAAACCGACAGAUGUUGAGGAGAAUGGUGUGACCUAGGAGUCAGCAUCCUUGGUGAACAAGAGGAGUGGCCACAAGGCCAGUGGCACCUGCCAGAGGGGAAAGCAGGCAUGACAGGAUAGCAUCUCCCAGGUGAGAGCCUUUUGAGGAAGGGAGGGUGGGCAGUGGUCUGGAAGCUUGAUGCAGAGCAGUGUGGUUCCCACUGGCAGCCCUUGGUCUUAGAAGAAUGGGAGUACCCAGUGGGGGAGCAGCUGUACAAUGAGGUAGACUCCUAGAAGUUAAUUAUCAUCUCCUAAUCUUACCCUGACCCUUUUGUCAAACGUUAUCUAGAUUAAACCUCAGUAUAGGCAGGCUGCAGGAAAUGGACAUUCCAGUGGCCCCUGGGGUUCCAGCCUGUAGCAGCUUCAUCUGUGCUUUGUGCACUUGGUUCUCAGUCAUCUCUGCAAGGGACCCUGACGCCCGGGAGAUUAGAGCCACUGACCCUUUAUGGCACUGCUAACAGACCCCUUCAGGUAAUUCUGGAUCCAGAACUCAUUAUGGGAUGUAAUCCAGGUCAACACUAAUACCACUUGGAAGGUUCCGCUCUGUCUCACUCUGCUUGAGUAUCCCACUGAUCAGUCUCUCAGUGCCUGCCUACUGGGCAGCUCAUCUGUCCACUUAUUUGUAUUAAAUUUGCUUUUUAUUUAGGUCUCUGGAGAUGGUUGCGUGGGGAAAAGCCCAUGACUUUCCUGUAUGAUCCCUUGAACAUACUCUCCAAGUCAGUAGAUUACCUCUCAGGCAGCCUUCAUAAAAGUGUUUCACUGUACUGGGGUUUGUGUUCAUCUCACUCACAUAGACAGUCUCUGGGUAGGCAGGUGGGGGGGUGAUACAAGUUCACACUCUGUGUUUCUCCUCCUGUUAGCCAUUCCCACCCUGCUGAUGUUUAAGGAAAGCCAGGGAUGAUGACCCACUUAAGCUUUCCUUGGCCUUGUUAAGUCCAAUCAUCUGGGGCGGGAAGAAGAGAAAUGCUCAUUGCAAUCUUUGACCCCCACUAACUGCUGUGGUGACUUUGACCCAAGCCCUUGACCUCCUUUUCCUUAUCUGAAAUGUUGCUGUGAUUCCUGUGGUGAGAUCAGACGAGGCAGCACUUGGGAUAAGCUUGCAGAGAUGCAUUGAGCGGUAUGAAAGUACAGGAUGCUAUGUACUUUCCUGCUUCACAGCACAUUUUGUUUCUUGCAAGGUGAGUGGCCCAGCCGCCUCUCCACAAACACGUGUUUCUGCCUUUCUCAGCAUAAUCAGCAAGAUGUUCCCACUUCUCAGCAUUGCACUUUUCUGCUGGUGCAGAAUAAAAACACUUUGAGCCCCACCCUGUCCUGAGACAAAGUCCUCUGUGGUCACCUGGCAUAUGGCAAAGCUGCUGCUGUGGGCUGUAGCAUUUGAGGCAACAGUGACUUCCUCCUUUCCUAGUUACCGGAACCCUUAGAGCCGGGAGCCGGCCAGUGAAACAGACAAGGGGAGGGGAAGAGAAGAGGAAAGGCAUGUUUCCUAUAUGAGUUUCAGUUUGUUGCACAGAAAUGUUUUUGAAACCUUUAUCUCCAAUAGAAUCAUAAACGGGUGUCAGAGAGUCAAAACUAGAGGAAAAAGUUUAGUCUAUAAACAAAUCAUUGGAUGGCAUCAGAAUUUGAACCAAAGUAAAAGAUGCUGGACCUUGGCCCUUAUCAGAGAAGUAUAGAAGAGCCAGGUAGGGGAUUUUAUUUACAACAUGUUCAAUUCUGAGGAAGAGGAGUAUGGGCAGGGCAGAGGAAAAAGGAAAAAUGGGAAACCCCCAUGGACUUAGGGCCUCCACAAAGAGAAACCAUGUGCCUUCUCUCCACUUCCCUUCUGGCUUGGGCAAAUGAGGCUCCCUUUAGGGGUAGAGGUACUCUACAGGGGCUAUGUUCCCUUUAGGGGUAGAGGUAGUCUACAGGGGCCAGCUGGGCAGAGAUGAAAUCUUGCAAAGGAACCCUUCUUACACUCGAAAAGCAAGAAUAGCAAAAGGACUUUGGGAAGGACAUAAAACAAGAAAAGGAAGCUCCUCACCAACAGCUCCCAGAUGGAGGGAGUUUGUGUGUCUAGCAUUUUCACCAAAGUGCUGCUCAUCCUGAUGCACAGAUGCAGACUGGAGCUGCUGCCUGUGCCCUCACCAUGGGUAUGUACCCCCCACAGGCAUUCCCAGGUGAUGCGGGGGCAGAGGAUUCCCUCUUUCCACUCAGGAUAACAACCCCUGGAUGGGGUUUUCAACAAGUAUAGAAAGCUCCUGGACUCAGCCAAGACCCUCACCUACAGUCCCAGUCCUCCCACCUUCUUCAGGUCUCUAGAAGACAGAACUGAUGGGUUUACAACAUCCUAUUAUCCAGCACUAGUCCUAGGUUGUGGAUGUAGGGAAAGGCCAGGUAAACAAGGAAGGGAGAACAGGUGAAUGACCCCAAUUGUUUGAAACCAAAAGAGCAGAACUGCCCCUAAUUGAUUUAAGUAAACAGCAAGUAACAUAGGUCUGUUAAAUAGAAGAGGAUGCGAGCACCAGAUGCACGUGAUAAAGACCAUGCUCUGGAAGAUUCAUUCCAAGGAGUAGAAGUGGUAUUUUCUCAGGGCAUUUAAGGAGAGCAGGGACUCUGAAAUGAGGUGAGAGAAAAGAUAAGACAUGCAGGAACAGCUGGCAACACCAAGAAAGAAUUUAAGGAGAGGGAUCUCUCUGUUAGAGAACUUAACAUUACCCUCGAAACAGCAAGAGCAUCAUCAGCCCCAGGAAAAUCUACCUCUGAUAUGGAGACCAGGCUUAAGAAAAUCCCCUAGAACCCAGAGAAAAAGUGCAAAACAAGGAAAAUGGCCAAAGAGAAUAUCAUAGAUACAGAGAUCAGACAAUGAGAAUCCAGAGUCUUGUUAAGUGAUAGAAGGAAAAUACUAACAGAACACAUGUAACAGGAACAACAUUUUAGAGGAAACAGGACAAAAACUUCCCUAAACUCAAGAUACUACACCAGAAGUGGGCAGUACUCACUAUGUUCAGGGGAACAAAAAGAUAAAAACUAAAAAGCAUCAGACUGUUUUUUGUGUGAAGGAAAUUUGUAAGGUAGGAGAAUUAGGUCACUUACUACAGCACAAAUUGCAUGUCUAUCUAAAUUGACGUUUAAGUGCAAAAGCAUGGAUAUUACUCAUGCAGUUUUACUGGAAAACCAUACAGAUGUUUUUCAGGAAUGUACAGAAUGAAUCAAAGGAAAUAACUGAUCGACAGGAAAACUGUAGGAAAUUUGUGAGCUGGCUGUGAGGCAGUGGCUCCUAUUAUGUACAAUUUUAGUGCUAAGUACUGUGUUAAUGAUGGCUAUCAAACAAUAUGUUAACAUCUGAAAGGAAAUAUGUAUAUUGAGCAUAAUAAAUAAUUAUUUUAUAAAGAAUAACAAUAAAUCAUUUGAUUUUA